AUGAUUUGUGCGCGCAGGCGCAAAAAAGCACUGGGUGUACUGAGUGCCAGCGACGCGGAGCUAUCCGGUCUGUCGAGAUGGGUCUUAGAAUGCCGGCGAGGAACCCGCGGGGCUGGGCGGGGCCGAGCUAGGGCUGAUUGGAGGGCGGACCCCUGGCGGCUCGGGCCUCUGGACCUGGGCGGCGAGGUGGAGGCGGAGCCACGGCAACCGGCGAGACCGGAACUGGAGCUCGAGCCUAGGCGGAUAAAUUUUCAGAUUGUCAUCCAGGCAGAGGUGGAAGAAACCCUGAAGCGGCUUCAGAGCCAGAAGGGCGUGCAGGGGAUCAUCGUGGUGAACACGGAAGGCAUUCCCAUCAAGAGCACCAUGGACAACUCCACUACCACACAGUACGCCAACCUCAUGCACAACUUCAUCUUGAAGGCACGCAGCACCGUGCGAGAAAUUGACCCCCAGAAUGACCUCACCUUUCUUCGAAUUCGCUCAAAGAAAAAUGAAAUUAUGGUUGCACCAGAUAAAGACUAUUUCCUGAUUGUGAUUCAGAAUCCAACUGAAUAA